AUGCGGGCGUGCUUGCGUGCUUCCACCAGUCUAUCUAUCUAUCUAUCUAUCUAUCUAUCUAUCUAUCUAUCUAUCUAUCUAUCUAUCUAUCUAUCUAUCUAUCUAUCCCAGUCUUUUUCUAUCUAUCUAUCUUGGCUAAUCUUCUUAAUCAUGACUUUACCUUUUUUAUCCGUUUACGUUCAUUCUUUUCUUUCAUCUUUUUCUUCUUUCCAUUUUUCCUUCUUUCAUUCAUUCUUUCCUUUCUUUUUCAUUAUUUCCCUUUUCAGUUCUUCAUUCUUACCUUUUUCUUUCUUUCUUUAUUCAUUCUUUCUUUUCUCUUUCUUCAUUCUCUCUUUUUCUUUCUUUUUCGAUUCUUUUUACCUUUUCAUUUGUAAAAAUAAAUAUUUUUAUCCUUUUUUUCUGUUGCGUUUCCAAUCAUUUUUUCUUUUUAUUUCUGUCAUUUGUAAAUAUAUUUCUUUCAGUUUUACGUUCUAUUCUUUUUUUUUUACCCUCAUUACCUUUUUUUCCCGCUUAAUUUCUUUUUCUUUCUUUUGCAAAAAUAUUUUUUUCAUGUUCUUAUACAUAAUUUUCUUUCUCACUUGCUUGUUUUCGCAAUUAGGCCGUUUUCCAAUUUUGUUGUUUAAAAAGAAUCCCCCGUUCAUCAUUUAUUAG